CUGGAGGCGGGGUUGAGUUCUGUCGCAGGGUCAUGAGGAUGCGAAACGUCGACUGGGUUCUUCUCCGCCGGUGCUUUUAUAGCUGGAGGCGGGGCUGGCGGUGGUGAGGCGGAUUCGGCGGGCGAGACGCGGCUGCUAUGUGAGCGCGGCAGGAACCGUUCUCCUGAAUCUCUUCUGCGCUCGCUCCUCACAUCGUUCAUAAUUUAAUGGAAACCCCUUAAAGUGUCUCGAAUUCGCUGCCAGAGGAGGUGGUGGAAGCAGACGGUGGCUACGUGGAUGUGAAAUGUUUAAAAGAAUGGAGACUGAGGCAGCCGGAAACGACCUGUUUUUUACUUUUGGAGUCAUUGCAGAUAUUCAGUAUGCCAAUACAGAGAAUGGCUUUAACUAUUCGGGGACAAGAGAACGUUACUAUAGAAACAGCCUCCAUCUGCUGCGCAGUGCUGUCAAAGAAUGGAAUGAAGAACCUACCACCCCCAAGUUUAUUCUGCAGCUUGGCGAUAUCAUUGAUGGCUGCAAUUCACAGAUAAAGUCCUCAGAAAAUGCACUUCAAACAGUAAUAAAUGAAUUUGCAAAGUGUAUGUCUCCAGUGCACCAUAUCUGGGGAAACCACGAGUUUUAUAACUUUGACAGGGAGCUGCUACUUAAAUCAGCUCUCAACACCAGGCACCUGGGAAAUGAGAAACCUUCCGCUAACACGGACAGCAACGAAAAGACAGACUUGGACCCUGAUGAUUCUGAGGGGUUUUAUGGCUACCAUUUUAGCCCUUUUCCUAAAUUCCGCUUCAUAUUAACUGACACUUAUGAUCUCAGCAUUCUGGGAAGGAAAAAGAACAGCAGGAAACAUCAAGAUUCUAUGCAGAGACUGAAAUCAAGCAACAGAAAUGAAAAUCUUAAUAGUCCCAUAGGACUCAGUGGACUGAAUUUUCGCUUUACGGCAUUUAAUGGAGGAUUCAGUCAAGAGCAGCUGGAAUGGUUAAACAAAAUACUCACUUCCUCUGAUAUUAACCAGGAAAAGGUCACAGUCAUUGGUCAUCUUCCUGUCCACCCAUGUUCUUCAGAUUCACUAUGCAUUGCUUGGAACUAUGAUGAGAUCCUCUCGGUAUUGCACGCACACACCAGUGUAGUGUGUUUUAUUGCAGGACAUGAUCACGAUGGUGGUUACUACUUGGACGAUAAUGGAAUUCACCAUCUUAUCUUUGAAGGUGUGAUUGAAACAUCACCAAAGAGCCAUGCAUUUGGUACCAUUCAAGUGUAUGAAGACAGAAUGAUCUUAAAGGGAAGGGGCAGGGUUCCUGAGAGAGUUCUACACUACAGAAAAACAUAAGUGUAUGGACUUCUAUGUUAUAAUCUGGUAUGUCAUAUAGACGUUUAUCAUAUGAUGCUGUGCAUUUUCCAACCAAAUGUUGCAAUCAGUUUCCCCAUUUUGCCUUGCAUUUUCUGUUGUAACUUUAAUAAAAAAAACUGAAAUGA